UUUAAUAUCUAUGUUUUAUAAUCCACUUUACAGUCGCAAUUUAGAUCUUUGUUAAGGCAUGUAUGCAUGUAUGUAUAAGGUAAACAGUUUCAUUUUGUUUUCGUCUGUCGUAACGCUCGUUCGAAAUUUUGCCGUUUCUUCAUGGCGGACUCUUCAUUAAGUUCUCCUGCCGCUGACGACGUUGAUCACAUUAGCUCGCUGGAUGAGUUUCCUCAAAACUCCAGUGAAAAAAUGUUAUUGGAAAAAAAUGAAAGUUUGGAUAAUGGUGAAAGUGCUGCCGAUGAUGACCGGGUUUGUUCGGAUGAUGAUAAUCAUGAUGAUAAUUCUUCGUCAGAUAGUGGGGAGGUUUCUGAAGAAGACGAGGAGAAUUGUGAUCAUUUGAAUGAUGAAAAAAAUGAUAUCAAUGACAUAAGUUCAAUAAACAGAAGCUUCAAUGAAGAUGAAAUGGAUGACCGAUCGGAAACUCCAUUACAAGAUGAACCUGAAACAGAAAAUCAAAAUGAAAAUUCUGAGUUGAAAAGUGAAGAUAAAUUGGACUUUAAUGAAACAGUCAAGAAGGAUGAUGAUGAUGAUAAUGAAUCAACAAAGGAAAGUGCAAUGAAUGAUGAUCAUGGUGAACUAGAUUACGAAGAAGAUGUUGAUGACUCUAUUGAAAAAAAUAAAGCAGAAAUUAAAAUUGAAGAACAAAUGUCUACUUCUGAGGUUCAGAAAGCCGUGGAUGAUGAAAUGAAAGGAGCAGAGAAGCAGUCGAAUGCUGACGAUGGAUCUCACUCAUCUGAUGGCGAAUUAGCUGAUGAUGAUGAUUGUGAAGAAGGUGAAAUUAAGGAGCCAGGUGCAAAGAAGCCUUUUUCAAGAGCAUUGUGCAGGUUUUUCAGCAGAGGCAGCUGUACAUGGGGCAUUAAUUGUAGGUUUCUUCAUCCUGGUGUCAAUGAUAAAGGAAAUUACACAAUGUUGGAGCAGCAGCAUCAGUAUGCACAACCUCCCCCACCCCACCUGCCGGGCAUGUUGCCCCUCUUGAGGGGACCACCACCUCCCCCCUGGAUGCACGAGAUGGCAAGUGAGUCCGAGUUUGCAGCAGUGGGUGGUGGUGAGGGCAUGUCUGCUUUGGAGUCCGCCUGGGAAAGAGGUCUGCGUCACGCAAAAGAGAUUCGAAGCAAGAGAAAGGAAACAGAUGGCGAUGAUAAGAAGGGAACUUCAACAUCUCCACUUGCAUCCGAUAAACUGAUUCACCCAGCCACUUCUUCUCAUCUAGCACCUCCACCUCACAGAGAUCCUUACUAUGAAGAUUUACAUCAGACAUUAUCUACUUCGCUGCCAGGUCUGCCUCCCAUGCCACUGUCCAUCCCCCCGAUGUUGCACCACCCCGUCGACCCGUGGCUCUACAGACAUCCAUUUGAAUACGAGAUGAGGUGGCCACGACCUCCCGCGCACCCUCUUGAUUACAUGCAUCCCGGAUUCCAUCCUGUCCAUGAUUUCAGGAUGAUGGAUCCAGGAAGGGGCAGACGAUUCAGUCCUCCUCUGAGGAUUGAAGCAAGCCAGCGGCUUGGUGGUGAGCGUGUAAGUAGAGGAGAGAGACAUCAUGCAGCUGAGGGAACAACAAACUCGGGAGAAGGAAGAGGAAAGUGUGAGGAGUGGAAGGAUCCCUGGUCCAGGGCAAAAUCACCGAAAAACAAACGUUCAUCGUCUUCAAGAAGUCGAAGUGGAAAGAAAUCUCGAUCGAAACGACGUUAUUCGUCUUUCUCAUCUAGCUCCUAUUCAUCCAAGUCAGGGUCGAGAUCUAGGUCCUCGUCCUUUUCCUCAUAUUCGUCUAGUAGGUCAUCAUUCUCGUCGAGGUCCAGAUCAUCAAGCAAGUUGAGCAAAUCGAUCCCGAAGAAAGUUGUCCCAGUGGGAUCGCUGGACAGGUCAAUAAAGAAUAGCUUUUGCCAAUUUAAAGUGGAAAAAAUAAAAAAAAAACUUUUUGUUUUAUCUAUAAAAAUAACAUAAAAAAAUGUUUUCGUUUAAAAAGUACUUACUGUAGUGUUAGUUAUAAAUAUUUGAAAAAUUAUACAAGUGUCGUAAGUUAGUUAAAAUAGAAUUUGUAUUGAA